AGGAGGGAGAAGCGAGCUGGAGGGCGAGCGAGGGAGUGUAGGAGAAAAGGAUAGGGUCCCAGAAGAGUGCGUAAACCUCCCUCCCUCACCCUCUCUCUCUCUCACACACACACACAUACACACACACAUUCACACACUGCCACACACGCGUUUACAUCGGCUCCUGCUGCUGUACUACUUUGUGGAAUAGUGGAUUACUUUCCAAAUUGAGCCACUCAGCGCGUAAAUCCAGGCAUGGUCAGGUGGCAGCAUGUCAGAGUGGUGUUGAAGUGUGAGAUGAGCCAUGGGGCGAUACAGGAGGCCGGUCACUAGCCAAACCAGCAGCCACUCAGCCCACAGCAGGAGAAGCAGCAGAAACCCAGGAAGGCCCCGCAGCAUGCAGCUGGGCCCUCACUAGCACCGAGUGGACCCGGUCCUCUACUCCUUACCUGGGGGCCAGGGCUGCAGAAUGCUCAGUCCUGUCACCCCAUACAGUCUGUUGAAGAUGCACUGGUCUCCGGAGCACGCCGCCCCUUUAUCUCAGUGGCCUGAGCAGCACCUAGAUGUCACCUCCACAACUUCGCCCCCGUCUGCCCACAAACACGACCCCUACACCUCAGCCGCUCGCCGCAGCUAUGCCCCUGCAGGUUAUCCUUGGGCCAGUGAUGACAUAUCAGCCCUCACCGCUUCUUCUCUGCUCAAGCGCUACGCUGAGAAGUACUCGGGCCUGGAGUUGUCCUAUGAGCGCCCAGCUACCGGGGCCUACGCAGAGCCUGGAACUUUCCUGAAAACAGAAUCUGAGCCCUGGGCUCUGGGUCAGGGCAUGGAGUGUUACCCUGGACUGGAGGCACUAACUGGCACCAAAGUGGGCUCUGCCUCUGUGGGGAUCCCGGCCACAGGCAGCGUAACAGUAGUGAGCAGUAACUUGGCCUCGGAGCCGGGCUACAGUGGUGUUGGCACUUGCAGUGCCCCAUCCUCUCAGGAAUACCCUCCGGCCUACAACAGCACCUAUCUGUCCUCAGGAUACUGCCCUCAACCUAGCGCAGCACUUCCACCUGCCACUCUACACUCUUUGCAGGCCGCACCUACUCUAGUGCCCAGCUACAGCACCAGCACUCCUGUUUACAACUACCCUCCAGGAUGCUACCCCCAAACCAGCCUGUCCUCUGGAUACAGCCACCCCAGUGCCUCAUACCUGCCCUCUGGGAUUAGUGCUCCCACUCCUCUGGCCCCUCGGCCCACCAUGGUGGGGGGCAGUUACAGCUACCCAUCCCACAGCCUCGGAGGGAGCUCUGAGGCAGGGGUGCCGCUGAAACGCAAGGCCUUUGAGAUGACGGAGGAAGAACAGGAGGGAGCAGAGGUGGAGGGAUCUCGCUACAGAAAGUACGGCAACGGCCACGGAAACGCUCACAGCAAAGGUCACGGUAACGGCAACGGCUACGAUAUGAGCGGAUCGGCCUCAGACCCACAGGCUUACAAAUCUGGAAAGCCUCUGAUAUCACCUCCUUAUGGUGGGGCAGGGGACUACAGCCCACCAUCAGGCCUUGCAGGAGAGAGUGUAUCAGGGGAGCACAGCUUUCCUCAGCAGCAGAGAAUGUCUAUGAAGAUACCUUCAUCUCACACUCGAUCUGAGGACCCCACUGGAGGGCGCUGACAGCCCGGGCAGAAUUUGAAAGGAUUCCCCUCGCUCCUUAAAACCAACCAGGGUUCUUUACCUGGACACACUUGGAGAAUAACAUUGAAUUUGUAUAUGAAAAGUUGAAUAUCCUGAGUAAACACAAGAGGGCACUAGACUGGUACUUCUUGUGCAUGUUUUAAUAUUUUCAUUACUCAUGAUUUUACAAAGAUUCACAGAGGCGCUCUGCCCUCUAAGGUUGAGGUUGAGUCGUUGGAGUGAAGUUGAGGCAUUCUCUACAUAAAUAGCAUGAAGACAGUCUAAAUGUAUGAGUGUCUGUUUCUCUCAGGAUCCUAUUUAUUUCCUUUCUGCUACUGUGGCAGCAGCACUGCAGCAUUGCUGUUUGAGGCGUUGGUGUAAUUAUUUGUGGCCGUUAUGUAUGUCAAAGGCCCCUGACUGCAAUAUGUUCUAUCACACCACAAAAAAAAAUCAUUUCUGACCAAAAAGUAAAGAGAGCAAUAACUGAAAUGGUGAGAUUGCCAUACUACUUCAGCACAAUCACUGCUACAGCUGACUGCAGGGCCUGCUGCAUCACUCGGCCAUGAGAAAUGAAUGUUGUCCUGCUUUUUCCUUUUUCUUGACAUUUUUCGGUUUUUGUAGCCUCCUUUUGUCUCAUUCUUUAUCUAAUUUUUACCCCGGAGCUUUGCCUCCUCUGCUCAGCCCUUCUCAUUGUUUUUAGCCCACUUUAUACAUGUCAAGCUGCUCAAAUGAUUAUGUGGUAGUGGACAUGAAGCUGCCCUUUAAUUUAAAUUCUUUACGAGUGGGGAAAUAAUCUAAGAUUCAUUUAAAAACAUAAUAUUUAGCAUUUUAACAUGGCAGUACAUAAGUAAAUGCAGAUCAUCUUCUGAGCAUGUAGUUGAUGUGCACAUUACUGCUAAUCCUAAAAUUAACCAUUUCUCAGGAGAAUGUGAGUAAUGCAAAGCGUAUGCCUUGUGUUUAGUAUUUAAAAUAUUACAAAAUAAGUUACAACCAAAAACCGAACACCCAAAUGCAAGUCUGCGUACUGCUAAAAUUCACUCAGAGCAGUUCAAAGGUGCGUGAAGGCUUUUUAUGACUUAUUUUGGAUGCACAGAUCAGACUGAGAGGCCUGCAGGUUGAAGUGGAGGAUAUAUGCUUCUGAGUGAGUGCCUCAAACUAUUUGUUUUUGCUCAACAUUACAUUCUUUAUGAAGAUUUACCAGCCUGUCUGCUAAGAUUUAACUUUUUUUUUGUAAAAAAAAAUAUGCAUUCUCUUUACUUUUGCCUCUCAGAAGGAUGAUUUAUAGUCAUGCUAUCGAAUACUCAGGAAGAAUAUCGUUACCUCAGAUUGAUAAAAAGAAUAAAUAAGAAUGUAUGUUAUUACCUUAAGGUGUUUGUAGGGAGCUUUAUGGAGCAGGAUGAAAACGGAGCCAUGGCUAACACUUCAGGGAAACAAUGAACUUUCAAUAGUAUGAAACGCAUGCACACAAACACUAUCAGCACGGCUUCUUUAGCUCUGGAAAACUUGAGGUUUUUGUACCAAGGCCUGAAAUGUUGAAUGUAAUUCAGAUAUUUUUUUUUAAAAAGGACAAUACAUGCCAUAAUGUACAUCGAUGAUGUUUUUAGAUUUAUGAAACAUAUUUUCUUCAUGUAUCAAUGUAAUUGUCUUAUAGAUUUUGGUGGAGAAAUGAAUGACAUGUUAAGUGUUAGUGUAGUUAGCAGUGGGGAAAUGGUUUUUGCAGACAAAACAAAGCACUCCUGAUAAACACAUGUUGGCAUAUCAAGACAUACACACGCUGCAGUAUGAGCUCUAGAACAGGAAGGAUUAUUAAAUGUCUUAAAGUGUCCAAUACCUAUUUCCCAUGCCAGUAUUUUAAAACCACUUGGCACCGUGUCACCAGUCAGCUUAAAUUAGCUCCAACAUGAAUUGACACCAUGAAGAAGGGAAGGUUUAAUAUUAUCAGAGUGUGCACUGUUAGAAAACAUGUACAGCUGCAACUUGAAACCCUCCCCCCCCCCACUAUGUUGUAGCUUUGCUGCUCUGCUAUGCCAACCCUUCCUAAAUUGUGCCAUGUGUUAUUUUUGCAAAUCAAACGCUUUGGAGGAUCUGGCAAAACCCAACUCCAAAGUUAAAGCAGAGAAUGGACCCCCUUUAAAUAGUAAGAUUUCAGAGAUUCAGUGUGAUGAAAAAGUAUUUUCUUGCCUCUUUUGGAAAAGUACACCCAUCUUACUCAGAAUGUGGUUCUAGUAUUGAAAAAUAGACAGCAGGUGAAGCUUCAAAAUAAAAUACGGAUUAUUAAAAAAAAGGUUUUAAACAAAUAACGAUGUACUCUUACCCCCAGAUUUUAAAAGUAUUUAAGCGCUUAGCUACAACAAAUGAAUGCUCUUCAAUGCCGCACAAAGAAUGUGCUCUACAUGAACCUACAUACUGCAAGAAGUAUUUUCUGUUUCCUGGUUUUCUUGGUUACUCUGAUUCAGUGAAGGAAGUGGAGUCAGGUUUGUCAGAUGGACAAAAUUUGGACUUCGGUGUUAUCUUUGUAAUUCAGUUGUACUUCUGUUGUAUCUUGUACAUUCUCUGUAACCAUUUCUACCUCAUUUUGAAGACACUGUACAUGGAAGUAUUUAUUUCAUGUCAUUUCACAUGCCAGUUUAAGGAGCAAUGUUGUUUCUAAUUCUUGACCUGUUAGUCUACCUCACUAAAGACUGUUGUGUCAUGGAAAUGAAGAUAUCGUACCAAAAGAACAAAAAAAAAAAAACCCACUGUCUUUGUCUUUUUGUCUGUGGAAAUGAAAAAAAAGUCUGAGGUUUGA